AUGGGCACCUGGGAUUACGGAUAUUUUGACAGCGAUAUAAUGUUGGACGCCUACGGGAACGUGCAGAACCCCAGCAGAGUGAAGGAGCCGUUUAGACAUCUUGUGUCGGAGCUCGAAAAGGACUCAACCAGUAAAUACCUCGAAGAUGCCGAAUAUAGCAUCAUUACUGCUCUUCUCACUGCCAUUUGGAGAUUUCCCUCCACCAGCGGGGGGUUGCUCGAUCCCGAAUUCACAAGAUACAUCAAGCCUUACUACGUCCAACAAUUGAAGGAGCUUGCAGAGAAGCAUCGCCCGGAAGCAGAAGUGUUUGGAUUGGAAAGUUGACUUGCCUCAGCAAGAAGGUUAUUACGGGGAUUAUUGAUCCGGCAAUGUCCGAGACAGCCGAGUUGUGGCUUGACUCCGGGGACGAGGAGUUUCAUAUCUGGAAGCAGAGCUACAUCCAACUCCUUGAGGUGUUGGAGAAACCAAUCUAGAGUAUGCAUACGUAUCGGGUAUGACAAAUCCCGUUGACUCGACAUUUGGUGCGUUUUGUAAACACCAAAGACAGGGCUUUGAAAGUUUACUUUCUUCGGUGUGCCACCCCAUUCC